UCUCCGGAGGACAGGAGUCGCAUGUCGCAAGCGGUGCACCUCUCGUUCCCGCACCGCGCCUUCCUCUCCUGCCCACCCCGUCGCCGGAGAAGAAGUAGCCGAGAUGGACCCCGCUCCCCUCGCGGAGGCUCUCCGCGCGCCGCGCGGCACGACGACGCCUCCAUUCCCAGGUGCGAGGGUGCGUCUCCCGUGGUUUUGGUGGAGCGAUACGGCGACGGCACUGCCAAGAGGUAUACAUUACAUGACAACUCACUGUCGAAAAUUUCUCUUGAAAAACAUAUACCAGAAGAAAAUAAGGACACACAUUUUGCUGACCCAAAAUUAGCGUUGCUCCCUGAUUCUGUAAAAGAUUUUAUAUUGCCCUCAGGCUUUCCAGAAUCAGUUUCAGAUGAUUAUUUGCAGUAUAUGUUGUUACAGUUUCCCACAAACGUCACUGGAUGGAUUUGUCAUGCGCUGGUCACCUCCAGUCUCCUAAAGGCUGUUGGUAUUGGCUCUUUCUCAGGCAGUACCGCUGCUGCUUCUGCUGCUGCCAUUAGAUGGGUGUCAAAGGAUGGCAUUGGAGCUGUUGGCCGUUUACUUAUUGGUGGCCGGUUUGGGAACGUCUUUGAUGAUGAUCCGAAACAGUGGCGCAUGUAUGCAGACUUUAUUGGCAGUGCUGGAAGCAUCUUUGAUCUGACAACUCAAUUGUAUCCUGCCUAUUUCUUACCGCUCGCAUCUCUUGGGAAUCUUGCCAAGGCUGUUGCGAGUGGGUUAAAAGAUCCUUCCUUCCGUGUAAUUCAGAACCAUUUUGCAACCUCUGGAAAUCUGGGUGAAGUAGCAGCCAAGGAGGAAGUUUGGGAAGUAGCUGCUCAAUUGCUUGGUCUAGCAAUAGGGAUACUUAUUUUGGAUACACCUGGUCUUGUUAAAUCUUAUCCGUCUUUGGCAUUGACUUGGAUGAGCGUGAGACUUGUUCACCUUUGGUUACGAUAUCAGUCUCUCUCGGUGUUGAAGUUCGAUACGAUAAAUCUCAAGCGUGCUCGAAUACUUGUAAAAUCACAUGUGUUAAGCUCAAAAGUUCCUGGAUGUGAUGAAUGCAAUGAGACUGAAAAUAUUCUCGUUUGGCAAAGAUUUUUGAAGCCUUACAUACGUUUUGGUGUGCCAUUUGAAGAGAUGAUGAGUGGCAAGAAGGCUAGUUCUCAGGUGAGCGAACUUUUGAAACUAUAUGGAAAGGAGGAAUACAUUCUUAGUGUAAAUCCAAGCUAUGAAGACUUUGAGAUCUUCAUUGUAUUUAAGGUCGGAGCUACAAGUUCAUCGGUGUUGCGGGGUCUCUGGCAAGCUAAUUGGCUGCAUGAGAAUUGGGACAAUGCGUCCGAUAUAUACUAUCAGCUGGCUUUGAGCCUUUCCGAGAUGGAAAAGAGGUUCGACGAUUUUCUGCAGCAGUUGGAUGAAGCUGGUUGGGAUAGACGCAAUAUAACUCUGAAGGUUCCGAAAGAAAUCUUGAUUGAUCAGAUUUCUGCAAUAUGAUGGAUCUCACAUAACUGUAAACGCUGGUCCAGCAGAACAAGCCCUUGAACAAGUCAUAACCUCGGAGUCAUCGGGUUGGCGAUCUAUAUGGUCACAACCAGAAAUUUUGCGGCUCUUGCCUAAUCCAAGCUGCUGCAAGUAGUUUCUGAUUCUGACCUUCUAUUACAUGGGAGGAGGAAAGUAUUCAGUCGUCUCUAUAUAGAGAGUGGAAUUUUGUUAGGAUGUUCGUGUCUGUGUCCAACGCUACCUACUUUGACAAGGCAACUAAACAAGGAAAAGAAAUACGACCGACUCAGGGAAUGUUCGUCUCCAAGAGGGUCGGAGUCUCUACGUGGACGAGAUUAUAACCGCAUCACGGUAAAUUUUAGCAAUCACUUGCUCGGUGGAGUUUGUGAAAUCAUCAAUAGUUGAACUUUGAUCAUUCCUUCUAUACAGUUCUCUCUAUGAAAGCCGAUGUGGUGUGGUGUUUUUCAUUUCGGUGAACAAGGGCCGAUGCGACGGUCAUCCACCAUUCCCCUUGUAAUGAUUGAUAAGGGUGUAAUGUAAUUUUAGCACGACUAUCAUGUGUUGAUGCUA